AAUCACAGCGGACAGGGGCAGUAGUCGGCGCUAGAGGCUGGGGGUGAUCCUUGCCCUGGUCUCAUCCACUAUUUCGUGCAAAGCGGGAGCUGAACGAGAGAGCUGGGGAGCAUGGCUGCGUUUUCAGCGCUGGGACUAUUCGUGUUGAGCCACCUCCUCGCCCAGCCUGGAGUACAGGCGCAGUUCAACGGUGGCGCGACCGGCCCGCCGGGACCCCCGGGACAAGACGGCAUUGAUGGUGAACCUGGACCUCCUGGUUUACCGGGUCCACCGGGCUUCGCGGGUGAACCUGGAGACCCAGGGGCCCCCGGAAUCGCAGGCUUGGCCGGACUGCCUGGAAUAGAUGGUUUACCUGGGCUCGAUGGUACACCCGGAGCAGACGGAUUGCGAGGAGAGCAGGGAGACUCUGGACCCGCUGGACCCCCUGGUGAGGACAGACUGACGGAGCCGGGAAAGAUUGGAUCGCCGGGAUCUCAAGGAGACGUUGGACUGGAAGGCCCCCAGGGUCCGAGUGGUCCAAGGGGUGGUGAUGGUCUCCGUGGACUUCCUGGACCUCUCGGGCCCCCUGGACCUCCGGGCGAGCCCGGACUCUACACGGGAGAAGGAAGCGGGGACUUUUCUUGCCCAGCGAUGUGUCCCGCAGGUCUGCCCGGACCGUCUGGAAUGCCGGGAUUCAAGGGUCACACAGGCCAUAAGGGGGAUCGUGGUGAGCCUGGGAAAACGGGAGCAAAGGGAGAUCCUGGACAUCCCGGUGUGCCCGGGUUGCCUGGCACGGUCGGAUUACAGGGCCCUCGAGGACAGAGAGGUCUGAUGGGUAAGCCUGGCCCUACCGGCAGCAGGGGUCUGACGGGAUUCCCAGGAGCUUCUGGCCCUCGAGGGGGUUCUGGGAAAGUUGGAGAUGCUGGUCGCAAAGGACAUGUGGGAAUCCAAGGAACUAAAGGAAGCUCGGGGAAGUUUGGUCCUCGGGGGCUACCUGGUCUAGCUGGUCAGAAGGGGGAACUGGGAAGUCAAGGGCGUGACGGACGAGAUGGAAAUCCAGGCGCCAAUGGAGAAAAGGGUGAAGGAGGGCAACACGGAGCCCCUGGAGAGAAAGGCCCUGUUGGGCAGCCUGGAUUACCUGGCAAGCCAGGAUAUCAAGGAGCUGCAGGUGAACAGGGAAGCCGAGGACCAGCGGGAGGACCAGGACCCCAGGGAGCCCCUGGGAGUGCGGGAGAGAUGGGGGACUCUGGCGACAUGGGUGAGCAGGGACCAAGAGGCGUUGACGGUGAGAUGGGACCUCCUGGACUUCGAGGUGUACAGGGUCGCAGAGGAUACCAGGGCAAGAAGGGUGAGAGUGGGGAACCUGGUGUGCCGGGACCAACGGGAAUCCGUGGCGAUUUCGGCGAGAGGGGUCCUGUUGGACCAUAUGGUCCCAAAGGUAAUCAGGGACUUGCGGGGUCUGAUGGACUACCAGGAGAGAAGGGAGACAUGGGUCAACCAGGACAUCAGGGACCGAAGGGAGAGCCCGGACCUCGUGGCGUAGUGGGUCCCAAAGGCAACAGUGGGCCAGCCGGCAUGACUGGAGCAGAUGGAAUUCCAGGCACACACGGGCCAAUUGGUGCAGCCGGAGAGCCCGGUAUUCCUGGAGUAACCGGAAGAAAAGGUCCUCCGGGGAAGCAAGCAAGUGAGCAGCGGAUCCGGGAACUCUGCCAAGGUCUAAUCAACGAUCAAAUUGCCUUGUUAGCAAACAACCUACGGAGGCCACUGGCGCCUGGAAUGACAGGACGGCGUGGACCUCCUGGACCUCCAGGAUCCCCAGGGCAUAAGGGCCAAGCUGGCCACCCAGGGAGGUCAGGUCCAACAGGACUGAAUGGACCAUCGGGAGAGCUCGGUGACACAGGACCUCGAGGUGAUUCUGGUAUAAAGGGAGACAAGGGUGUCCUUGGCAAAGCAAUUGAUGGUUCAGUAGGACCCCAAGGACCUGCAGGUUCCGUGGGCACAAUGGGACUCAGUAAAAAUGGUCGAGACGGCGCACAAGGAGAUCCAGGUUAUCCAGGAGAGCCAGGACGUCCUGGGAGGAACGGCGCUAUGGGAACCCCAGGAAUCUGUGACACCUCUGCCUGUCAGGGAGCUAUUGCAGCAGUAAAAUCAGGACCUUCCAAAAAAUCAUGAACCGGAUGAUCACAGAAGCAAAUAAGAAAACUUGAAGCACAGCCCCAAGAUUCAAUAAAUAGAAAGAGACAACAAAAAGACAAUUCAUCAAUGUUUCGGAUCCUGGUACUAAAAGUGUAGUAUAUGUUCAUGAGGAGGUGCUAAAAAUAUACAAAUCAUUUUUAAUCAUGUGUUUCUAGAUCAUUUUCAAUUCUGUUUGAGAUCUGUAAAGAUUUAUCUGGAGUUAGUCUACUCUGGUUAGUUUUUUUUUUUAAGCACAUUUUAAACAGUCCCUAUAAUUCAUUUACACUUUCUUGUCAUUGUCUGUUAAAUAAUACUAUCAAUUAUUAAUGCUUAUCUCAAAGAAGCACCCUUUAAUAAUUGUUCAUGUUAAAGUAUUUUAACUGUGAGGGGUUACACUGUACAUACAAUAUAAAUUUAACGCUCAAGGUUUUGUAUAGUAACCUAAAUUCAGAUUCAAUAACAUCUCCCAACGUCAUGCCAGUUCAGGGACAAAAGAGAUUUACAACAUUUGUACCUAUGUGCAUUUUUAUUGACCAGAAAUAUGGUUGAUCACACCCACCCCUCAAGGUGCAUCAUUAUUAGUUUUACACAUUUUGUGUACAGAAACCGAAAUAAUUAUUGUAAAUUCUACGUAACAAUUUAUGGCUUGUGUUACUAUAUACUGUAACCAUCUCCUUGUGUAACAUUUUCCCGAAAUGAAUAAAUCCCUAUCAAACUCCUGUAUCCACUAAAUAUGAUGCUGUAACCUUGACUUUAAAUAUUUAUUUUUUGUGGGUGCCUGUUGUCUGUAAAAUAAAGCUGUUGCCACCAA